AUGUAUUUGAAUUUAUAAAAUAAUACUUAUAAAUUUUAUUCUUUCCGACUGGCAGUGUCUUAAUUGAAAGCAAUUGCAGUACACAAAUCGAAUUUCAACGAAAUAUUGAAAAGAACUAGAAAUAUUUUCAAACUAUGAGUUUAGAAGAAAAUCCAGAUCUUACCGGUGAGGUUGAGCUUGAGCCUGAGCCGAGUAUUUUAGUGACACCACUUGCACCUUAUAUAACUCCUCCACCACCUCCUAUUAAGGAAGAGAGUGAUGAAAAUAUGGCUGCUGCUAGCAAAGAAUUAGCCACCAAUUCAGAUGUAAAGGAUAAGCCUGCGACUACAUCGGAAGAUGGUAUCUUUUCCAUUAUGUAUACCAUAUGCAAGAAAGUCGCUAUAGUGGGUUCAAUAUAUCUGGUUGGACGUAUGGGUUGGUCUGUGGCAUGGCUGAUUGCACCAGUAAUAUUUUCAGUAGCACGCGAUCAGUUCCGAAAAACUACCGAACAUAAACGCAAUAUUGCCAAGGCUUCAGCCUUAGCUAAUGAAAAAGAUGUAAUUUUGGCACGUAUUGAUGAGCUCCCCGCAUGGGUUUACUUCCCCGAUGUUGAACGUUGUGAAUGGGUAAAUAAAAUUCUGAAGCAAGUAUGGCCAAAUGCCAACCAUUAUGCCCGAACCUUAGUCAAGGAGACAAUUGAACCCAAUGUAGCCGCCGCCUUGGCGUACAGAAAAAUAAAUGGUUUCCGGUUCGAUCGCAUAAUUUUGGGAACAAUCCCACCUCGCAUUGGCGGUGUCAAGGUUUAUGAUAAGAACGUCGAUCGCAAUGAAAUAAUUAUGGAUUUAGACUUGUUUUAUGCCAGUGAUUGCGAUAUUAACUUCUAUAUUAGCGGCGUAAAAGGAGGAAUAAAAGAUUUCCAAAUUCAUGGCUGGGUACGUGUGGUAAUGAAACCACUAAUUAGAUCAAUGCCAUUGGUAGGAGGCCUACAAAUAUUUUUCCUUAAUAAUCCCAACAUUGAUUUCAAUUUGGUUGGUGCACUUGAUUUUAUGGAUAUGCCAGGUCUAAGUGAUCUGUUGAGACGCAUAAUAGUUGAGCAGAUUGGUGCUGUUAUGGUGCUGCCAAAUAAAUUGGCAAUUGCGAUGAGUGAUGAGGUCCCAGCUACAACGCUUAAAAUGCCACAACCUGAAGGUGUUUUACGUAUACACGUAGUCGAAGCAAAGAAUUUGAUGAAAAAGGAUAUCGGUGUCUUAGGUAAAGGCAAAUCUGAUCCUUAUGCGCUUAUUAAUGUUGGAGCACAAGAAUUCAAGACACAGAUAAUUGAGAACAACGUCAAUCCCAAAUGGGACUAUUGGUGUGAGACUGCGGUACUUGUUAAUGCCACCUUAAAGCAAGAAAUCUGCUUUAGAAUUUGGGACUCUGAUCAAGGAAACGAAGAUGACUUUUUGGGCAGAGCUACCGUAGAAGUUGCGAAUAUCGUCAAGAGAGGUGUCCUUGAUACAUGGCUCACAUUGGAGGACGCUAAACACGGUUUACUACAUAUACGUGUGCAAUGGUAUUCAUUAACUUCUGAUCCAGCUGAUUUGAAAUUGGCUCUACAAGAAACUCAACUCUUACGUGUGACUUCAAUGAGUACCGCACUGGUUACAGUCUUCAUAGAUUCGGCCAAAAAUCUUAAGCAAGCUCGUUCCAAUUCACGACCUGAUCCUUAUCUUGUGUGCAGUGUUGGUAAACACAAAGAACAAACGGCUAUGAUUAUGCGAGAUGAUUCACCAGUUUGGGAGCAAGGUUUUACUUUCCUAGUGGCAAAUCCAGAAAAUGAUACAUUGCAAAUUAAGAUUUUCGAUCAAAAGACCGGUAGCGAAAUCGGUCAAUUUGCUUAUAUAUUGGGUGCUUUGUUAACAAAGAAGAAUAUGGAAAUAGAAUCACAGCCAUUCCAGUUACAAAAAUCAGGCCCCGAAUCUAAGAUAAUCAUGUCACUUGCACUUAGAAUUUUAAAAUAUGCUAACCCAGUUGAGGAAAAUGAUGUUAACGAAAUCGGAAUCGGAACCACACCACCUGCAGCUACACCUGCUGCAACCAAUACAAAUAUUACACGUUCUAGUUCUGUAAAAUCUACUACACCAGAAAGCAUUUCAAACAAGGACUUACAAUCUCAAGCUAGUCGCACUUCAAUGGAUACGCCAAUUAUUGAAGAAGACAAUACUUUAAAAGUUUCUUCGACUUCAUCUUCGAUUUCACCUUCACCACCGCGUACACCUUAUAGUGCUGCAUUAGCAGCUGGUGAGGCUGUACUAACUCAUCGUAUGCCUGAUACGACUUCAACCGCAGGUGAAUAUGGUCUUGGCCGCAUACAAUUGUCUAUACGCUACAGUGUACAACGUCAACGAUUAGUGGUUACAAUACACAAAAUAAUGCACAUACCUCUUGAUGAUCCAUCAAAUAUACCAGAUCCUUAUGUAAAAUUAUAUUUACUGCCCGGACGUAGCAAGGAAUCUAAACGAAAAACUAGUGUCGUGAAGGAUAAUUGUAAUCCGGUAUAUGAUGCUACAUUCGAAUAUUUAAUUUCUACAGCCGAACUUAUGCAAACAGAAUUGGAAGUUACCGUCUGUACACAAAAAGGGUUCCUCAAAGGCGGAAGUCCAAUUAUUGGAAUGCUUAAACUAUCUCUCAAUGAAGCCGAAAUCUCCGGUAAUGGUGUUAACUCUUGGUUUGAUUUGGUUCCCGAAAUGAAACAUGACUGAACGGAUGUACACGUGAAGGAAUUUUUGAAAUCGGUUAAAGCAACUUUUUGAAUCUCUCAUGCAACUCUUCAUGUUAAAUUGCACUGCUUUAAUUUGAGGAGCUGUGCUGUCUACCAAUUCUCAAGGCGGAAACCUUUUUUAAAUAUAUAUAAAUUUUUUGUUAAAUUAUUUAUUUUAUGUAACUAAAACUGUGCCUAUUCUAAAUUGUCUUUUAAUCAAAUAUUUAGAAAUAUUUUAAAUAAUAUUUUUUUUAGAAUUAUGUGCCUUUAUAUUUGGCUUUUUGUAAUUUGUCGUAAAAAUUCCUUAUUAAAUGCGAAGGUAUAAUCAUCAUCAAAUUAAAUUUUUAAAAUUUUCUUUCUAAUCCUUCUUUGUAAUGAU